AUGCCUGAUCGUACUCGUUGUGCCUCAAUUAUAUUGUUUAUAGUAAGCAUUGGAUUUAUGGUUGCUGGUGUUCUAUUGAUAGUUCUUGGUGAUUCAGUUAUUAAAAAGAUUGUUAAAAAUGAAUGUCAAUUGAAAUCAGGAACAAUGCUUUACGAUGCUUGGCAUGAUUCUCCUGUACCAUUAUAUAUAUCAUUUUAUGUAUUUGACCUUAAUGAUACAGAAUUUCUUAACGGUACAUCAAAACCACGUCUUAAACAGCGUGGACCAUUUGUCUAUAAAGAAGAAAGACAGAAAACAAAUGUCGCAUGGUAUACGAAUGAAACAAUUUCUUAUCAAGAACCGCGCUCAUUUACAUUUGAUCCAUCACGAUCAGCUGAGCUUGAAACAGUAAAUAUUACUACAAUUAAUCUUGUUUAUAUGACAUUAGUGAAUUAUCUUCAAAUGGAAGAUGUUCCUCGUACAUUUCGACGUAUAGUUGGAGACUUAUUAUCUGCUCAAGAAAAACCAAUUAUGAAACGUUCUGUAAAAGAGUACAUUUGGGGUUAUCAAGAUCCAUUACUGCAUAUGCUUAAAAGUGAAUUUCCGAGCAUUAUCACUGACGAUGAAGUAUCAGCUUAUUAUUUAGCGAUACGUGAAUCUCGAUCAAAUAUAUUUUUAAUUAAUAAUGGUGUUGGUAUUGAUACAAAUCAUGCUGAACGUAUUAAUAAUGUUGGUCAAGUUGAACGGUUCAAUUUUGAAAACAGCUUACCAUUUUGGUCGAAUGAAUAUGCGAAUAUGAUUAAUGGAACAGAUAGUACAAUAUGGCAUCCAUAUACAACAGAUACUGAACGAAUUUAUACAUUUAUAUCUGACAUUUGUCGAUCAGUUUAUCUUGAUUUUAAGGAAAGACGUACUAAUAAAUAUAAUAUUAAAAAUUAUCGUUAUACAACACCAAACAGUGUAUUUGCAAAUUCAACAGAAAAUGAAGGUUUUUGUUUGAAUUUUACAACUUCUAAUAAAACACAUGAAUUGGAAUGCUUAUCAAGUGGUCUGUUUUCCUUAAGAACGUGUCUACGUUUAACUGAUAAUUCAACACCAAUUGCAAUACCAUUACCCAUCAUUGGAUCAAGUCCACAUUUUCUUGGAGCUGAUCCUUCAGUACAAAAUGGUGUUAUUGGACUAACACCCGAUGAAAUAAAACAUCGUAGUUUUAUGGAUAUAGAACCACUUACUGGCAUUGUUAUGAAUGGAUCUCGACGGCUACAAAUCAAUCUAAAUGUUAUUAAUGAUUCAGCCAUAAAUGCAAUAUCUCGCCUAAAUCCAGUUGUUUAUCCCAUGCUAUGGAUUGAUGAACAUGCAGAAAUCGAUAAACCUAAUGCGAAUAAAUUUUCCAGAAAAGUAACUAGACCAAUUACGGUACUUCAUGUUAUGAAAUAUCUUAUACUUGGUAUUGGUAUUGCUUUAUUUAUUUAUGUAAUUGCUUUAAUAGCCAAUAGUCUAUAUAAAACAUGUACAUCUGGUCCUGCUUUUCCAAAACCGAAUGUAAGUGAAACAUCGGCAUUACUCUUUUGA